AUUUAAUGCUAUUGUCAAGAAUAAGAACAUUCAAAAAUUUAACCACAACUCUUAAGCCUCUAUAAAAUAAUAGAUACUACAAAUUCUCGAAUGCUGAAGCUAGUAAGAAUGCAAAAUUUGACAGAAAUGCUCAUUUCGAAGACCCAGUCAAUGAAUGGGUAGACCCAUCAAAAAGAUGGCUAUUAGGAGGAUGGUUGCUUCUUUGUGCAGGAGGAGUGUAUUUUAUGGUCUUGUUAGGUGGAUACACUAGACUUACUCAUUCAGGUACAUAUUUGUGGAAUUAUAUUUAGGGUUAUCAAUGACAAAAUGGAAACCAAUAGAAUAUGUAUAUCCAAGAAAUCAAGCUGAUUGGGAGAAGGAAUUUGACUAUUACAAACAAUUUCCAGAAUAUUAACAUACGCCUAUUGAUUUAGAGAAAUUCAAGAAAAUCUUUAUAGUUGAAUACUUACAUAGAGUAUCUGGAUCAACUUUGGGAGCUCUUUAUGUAUUACCCUUAGCUGCAUUUACAGCUAUGAAAUGGAUCAAACCAUAGUAUGCAAAAAGACUAGGAGCAAUAGGUGGACUUGGAUUACUGUAAGGUUUGAUUGGAUGGUGGAUGGUCAAAUCAGGAUUAGAUCGUCCAAAACCUGAGUAUUAAUAAAAGCCCAGAGUUUCAACUUAUAGACUUACAGUGCAUUUAUCAAUGGCUUUGUCAUUAUAUUCUCUAUUAAUAUGGAAUGCUGCUACUCUUUUUAAGAAACCCCAACAUUUGUAAAUAACCCCUGAGAAUUAUAAAACACACCUUAAAUUUAGAGGACUUGGGAUUGGUUUGAUUCAUUUAGUUGCCAUCAAUUUGUUAACUGGAGCAGCUAUGGCAGGUAUAGAUGCAGGAAAAGUUUUCAAUACAUGGCCAACUAUGAAUGGAUAAAUUGUUCCAGCCAACUUAUUUAAAGCAUCACCAUUUUAUAAGAACUUUUUUGAAAAUGUUGUGAUGUAAGAAUAGUUAACUAUAUUUUAGGGUGCAAUUCAACCAUAGAAAUGCUGCAUAUUUAACAUACGCCUUUGGAUCAUAUAUUACUUACUUAGCAUAUAAGAGCAAUCUUCCAAAACAAGCAAGGUACAUGUGUUUUGCCCUCUAUGGAGUUCUAAAUUAUUAACUACUCACAGGAAUUGUAGCAUUGCUCAAUUAGGUAUGCAACUCUAUUAUCCUAGGUUUAAGUUCAUUCAGGAAGCAUCCAUUAAUUUAACGCAUUAAAUGUUCUUACAGCAAGUCUUUUAUUAUGUCAUAGUGUUAGAAGACCAAGCGUGCCUUACAGAAAUUAUUUAAAGUAAUUUGUUUGAUAUAUACAUAAUGGC